GUGGAUCCUAAUCUCUGAGUCAACACCUCACAUCCCUUUCAUGAUCUUACACAGUCUGGGACGCUGAUCUUCGACCGCCUCCUACAAUCGGCUCCACUCCUCAGCUGAUUCACUUGUGCUUUCAUUAGAUCAUCAUUAGGCAAAAAGACAUUAGCCUACACAAUGAAUGGCUACGGAUCUCCCUACCUCUACAUGGGGGGCCCCGUCUCCCAGCCAAGAGCGCCUCUUCAAAGGACUCCGAAGUGCGCCCGGUGCAGAAACCACGGGGUCCUUUCCUGGCUCAAGGGACAUAAACGUUACUGUCGCUUUAAGGACUGUACCUGUGAAAAGUGCAUCCUAAUCAUUGAGCGGCAGCGAGUGAUGGCAGCUCAGGUUGCCCUAAGAAGGCAGCAGGCAAACGAGAGUUUAGAAAGUCUGAUUCCAGAAUCCUUGAGAACUUUACCGGGACUCGUCACGACUGCCUCGGGAGACAGCAAACAAGAGCCGCCGAGACCCGUGGAAGGUGUCGGGAGAUGGGCUUCAGAUCAGCAAGGCAGCAUUCAGCCAACAAAACCGGAUCUUAAUGAAGAGUGUUCAGGUGACCAGUCUGGAGGAGACAAUGGAGAGAGCUACAGUGACAAAGAGCAAGAUCAAAGAAGUUCACCAGAUGUCUCCAACCCAAAGCCUUGCUACACCCCUGAAAGCCCUGACGUGGUUCCAGGCCCAGAUGACAGUCGUUAUCCUUUACAAAUAAACACUAACAGUACAGAAGCGACAGCAGAGAGCCCUCAACACCAUGGAGAGCAACUUCUAGUGAUAGAAGGUCUGUCUGGAUCAGUCUCCCUCCCUUUCAAUUUGAAGGCCAACAGACCUCCACUUGAAGUGCUAAAGAAAAUAUUCCCAAGUCAUAAGCCUGCUGUUCUGGAGCUGAUCCUUAAGGGUUGUGGGGGUGAUCUGGUUGGUGCCAUAGAGGUUCUCCUUUCCAGCAGGUCUGUGCUAAACUCUGAGAGAUCUUCCACUGAAGGAUCUGAUUCUCUCGUUUUGCCUUCUAACAGACGUUUGUUUGACCACACAUUGGGUUCUUAUCCAGUGUCGUCAUCCAAAUGGUCAGUGGGAUCUGCGUUUAGGGUUCCAGAUUCUCUAAGGUUUUCCACUGAGUCCAGUAACAUGGUGCCCAGUCCUUUAGCAAUGCCUCUGCAGCACCCGUUUCCCCAGGCUCCACGGUACCCGCUCAUGCUGAGGAAUUCAUUGACAAGAAGUCAAGCCAACCCAUUUGUCCACAAUGACUUGACCUUGUGGAAUACCAUGACCUUGCAGCAGCAAUACCAGCUGAGAGCCCAGUAUGUUUCCCCAUUCUCCAAUGCUUCCAGCAGUGUCUUCAGAAGUUCUCCAGUCCUUCCAGCUCAUCCCUCUGAGGAUCACAGGAUUACAAUUCAGGAGGAUGGUUGCCCAGUGGUUCCUAAGCAACCCAUAUAUACAGAGGAUGACUAUGAUGAAAGAUCAGACUCCUCAGACUCUAGAAUUUUAAACUCCUCAUCUUAAAAUGUAUUGAUCGACCUAAGUGUGAAGUGCCAGAAUGUGCUACCAAAUACGCCUUUCAGUUAAAAAGGAAGACCUUUUUUAAGAAGAUCUUUUUUAAAUACUGGUCUUUUUCUUGUGUCAGGACUGAGUUGAGGCCUAAGGUAACUACUUCCACUUUAAUCAAAGUGUUUGUUAAUAAAUAAUUGCCUUUGACACUAAUUGUGGACACCUAUAGAAAGACAAAUACAUAAAUUAUGUGUAUGGAUAUCUAUAUGUAUACCAAGCUGCAUGAAAUAAACUGUGAAUAUGUCCACAGAAGUAG